AUGUCAAAUAAAUCUAUUCGAAUUGGUUUAUGUCAACUGAACAGUCGUGAUGAUAAAGAAGAAAACUUUCAAAUUGGACAAAAAUUAAUUCGUGAAGCGAAACAACAAGAUGCCAAAAUCGUCUUUUUUCCCGAAGCAUUUGAUUAUAUUUGUGAUUCGAAAACAGCAACGAUUGAGAAAGCUGAACCAAUCGAUGGUCCAAUUAUUACUCGGUAUCGAAAUUUAGCCAAAGAAAAUCAGUUAUGGCUUUCACUUGGUGGUUUUCAUCAACAAUCGAAAGAUAAAAAUCGAAUAUUGAAUAGUCAUUUAAUGAUCAAUGAUCAAGGUGAUAUUGUUGGUCAUUAUUCGAAAAUUCAUCUAUUUGAUGUUCAAGCUGGUUCUUUAAAUAUUCGAGAAUCGGAUUAUACACAACCUGGUUCAACAAUUAUAAGUCCAAUUGAAACACCAUUGGGAAGAAUUGCUCUUGGAAUUUGCUAUGAUCUUCGUUUUGUUGAAUUUGCUCGUUUUUUAACAUCGUCACCGACACACGGUGCUCAAAUUUUAACUUAUCCGAGUGCAUUUACUAAACAUACUGGAGAGGCUCAUUGGGAAAUUCUACUUCGUGCACGUGCGAUUGAAAAUCAAUGUUUUGUCAUUGCAGCUGCUCAAGUUGGUUCACAUACGAGUAAACGGGAAUCGUAUGGACAUUCAAUGGUAGUCGAUCCCUGGGGAAAAGUUUUAUUGGAUAUGGGUUUAGAAUAUCCAUCAGUUCGCACAGUUGAUCUUGAUCUUGAACGUAUCAGAGAAGUGAGAGAUCGAAUGCCAAUUUUGGAACAUCGCCGACAAGAUUUAUAUUCGUUAACAUCACCAACGAAUAUGAGUAUACGAAUUGAUAGCAAAGACGAUGAGAAAAUCUCUUGGGGACAAUUGCAGAUAACAGCAGGGCAAGUAUUUUUUCGCUCAAGAUUAAGUAUGGCUCUAGUCAAUAGAAAACCUGUUGUACCCGGACAUAUUCUUGUAUCACCUAUUCGUUGUGUCGAACGAUUUUCUCAAUUGACUUCGGAGGAAAUCGACGACUUAUUUUUAAGUACACAAUUGAUUGCAAAACGUAUUGAGGAUUUCUUCCAAGGAAAAUCAUUAAGUAUUGCAAUACAAGAUGGAGAAUACGCUGGACAAACAGUGAAACAUGUUCAUGUUCAUAUUCUUCCACGAGUACCCGGUGAUUUCGAAGAUAAUGAUACGAUUUAUCAUGAGUUGGCUCAUCAUGAUAAAAAACAGAAAGAUUGGAGACAAGAACAGGAAAUGAUUGAUGAAGCAAAAACUCUUAGAAAACUAUUCUAUUCCGACAAACAAUAA